CUGAGAGUCGUGCGAAACAAAGGACCCGCAUGGUGUGGUGGUGAACACGUUACUCCCGGAAAGGAUAAUAGCGCGUUCGUUCCCCACCAUAGACACCUGCGGUCCAGAUCGAUCGAUAUUGUAUGGUGGUCGAACGUUGUCUGCUUACCUGUGAUUGCACUGAUCGGAUUAGCUUGCAAUCUACUCAAUAUCGCCAUCUUAACGAGCAACAAAGGAGCUCAGCGGAUACCCAGCUGGGCUUUACUAUUGGCGUUGGCGAUUUGUGACUGUCUGUUUUUGGUGUUUGCAACUCUUGACGUAACACCGACAUCAAUCUCAUCACUAGUGUUUUCGCCUGUCUUCAAUUUCAUCUACUCCCAUAUUACACUCUACAUUAGAACGUUGGCAUCCACCUUCUACAAAUGUAGUGUGCUGAUUGUUGUCGCGUUCAACGUCGAGCGUUACAUCUGCGUGUUGCAUCCAUUCAACUGUCAUCGCAUUUGCACUGGGCGUACAUCAAGAUAUGCCAUCAUAGCCUGUCUUGUUGUCUCGUUUUUGUGUUCGAUACAAUGGCCGAUUGCUUACGAAGUUCGACACUGCUACGAGGAUUUGAGCAUGGAUUUCUACUAUGUGAUCUUGAUGUCCGAAAGUGAAACAAUAAGGUUCUACUAUCGUCUUAUGGACUACAUCUCUCUAUUCGCCUUCAAUGUGCUCCCAAUCAUCGCUUUGCUGGUGAUGAACUGCGUGAUAAUCGCCACUCUUCGACGAGUGGUGGCCGAAGAUGCCAGAAAAAAGGAAGAAUCUAUCGGACUUGCGGACGGUAAACUUGUACGUGUAAGUCUGAAUAAUAGAAUUUUUCGCGAAGUUCAGGAAUCGUCACCACACCGCUUAAAUCCUAACGCGAUGCUUUUUGCUGUGGUUUUCAUGCUUCUCAUUUGUGUUGGCCCGCAGGUAGGUAGAUUUGCCACUGCAAAUUUUACAUGGGCAAUGUUGUUUUAUUAA